AAACCAGGGAAACGCCCCACUGCGCCCACCUUCAAAUUAAUUGUCAAACUCAAACUCACAAUCAACUCUCGAACAACAAAAAAUAUUCCGAGUUACAACACCUCUAUUAAUGCACUACUGGCAUUGACGUACAGGGAUUCGACGUUAGGCUUGCUGGUAUCCUCGCCGUCUAUUUCGCUGUGUAAGUAGCUUACAACCAAGAAGCAGCUAUGUCUGCAAUGAUAACAGCAGAAUGGUGCCCAGUUGGCAAGGACAAUUUUUACAGGAAAUUUGAUAUUUAUCAAAUGAACUGGGACUUGAAAUUCGACAAUGUCUGCGUUGUAGCUGCUCAGUAUGGAGGCCCUGUUGCGGUCAUCGAGGAUAGAAAAAAACAUAACGCAGUGCAAGGAUUAUCUAAACCGACUAUCUUUAUAUACAGUGCAUCUGGUCAAAUAAUCUCCACUAUAUUAUGGAAUAGCGGCUCCAUCAUUGAGCUGGGUUGGUCUUCAACUGAAGAACUACUUUGCGUUCAAAGUGAUGGCAUUGUCCUGAGCUAUGAUCUCUUUGGAAACUACAAACACUCCUUUAGCAUGGGCGACGAGGCGAAAGAGCGGAAAGUUAUCGAUGCGAAAUUCUUCAACAGCUUCAAAGGCACUGGAGUUGUUGUCCUGACCUCGUCAUUCCAUUUUUACUUAGUUAACAAUGUUUUGGAGCCUAAACUAAGAAGAAUUACCGACAUGAUUUCCACUAAGGAACCACCUUCAAGUUGGUGUGUCCUGUCAGACGAGAGGAAAUCCAGAAUCUUAGUUGCGCAAGGGAAAAGCCUAAUGCUACUUGAGGAAAUGAGUACAAGUGCUCAACCAAUUUGCGCUGACAUCAAUAGCACACACACAGAAAUCACAGGCAUUGUAUCCUCUCAUGACAACCAAUGUGUCGCACUUUUCACGGACACAGGAAAGCUGUGGCUUGGCUCUGCAGAUUUGAGGGUGAAAUAUUGUGAAGUUGACACUCAAUGGCGGUCAAAACCUGACGACUUUGUUUGGUGUGGUUCUGAAGCUAUCUUGGUACUGUGGAAUCGCUGCUCAUUGAUGCUUGUCGCGAAAAAUGGAGAGCACACAACCUUCGCAAUUAACGAGGGAAUGUCUCUUUGCCAAGAAAUGGAUGGUGUGCGUCUCCUAUCGAGAUAUAAGCACGAAAUGCUGCAGAAAGUCCCUACCGUCACGCAAGAGGUCUUUAGGAUAAACAGCACAGAACCAGGCUCAUUUCUUCUUGAAGCAUCAAGGCAGUUUCAGAAAGGCUCUCACAGGUCCGAUGAGUAUUUGCGGCUUGUUAAAGACAAGUUAAAAACUGCAGUUCAACAAUGCAAUGAAGCUGCUGGUUAUGAGUUUUCGCAUGAAACUCAAAAACUGCUAUUGAAGGCUGCUCAAUUUGGAAAAAGCUUCAUUGAAAGUUCAACAGAAAAUGACAAGUUUGUGCAAAUGUGCAGAACACUCAGAGUUUUGAAUGCAAUUAGGGACUACAAAGUAGGGCUACCCUUAACCUUAAUUCAAUUCAGGCAUUUGAGGACUGGCGUUUUCCUGGAUCGUUUAGUGCUAAGAAAACAAUACUACCUAGCCAUCAAAAUAGCAAAGUUCUUGCUGAUUCCAGAAGAGCAGGGAGAAAGCCGAAUUCUUGCUCUGUGGGCUUGCAACAAGGUGGGCCAAACUCAUUUGCAAGAUGAUGUGGUAGCUCGAGAAAUUGCUGACAAAUUGGGCCAAGCACCUGGCAUCUCCUACACAGAAAUCGCAAACAAAGCAAUUGAUGCCAACAGAAGCCAACUUGCCUUGAAGCUGAUGGACUUUGAGCCGUGCGCCAAACGGCAGGUUCACCUGCUGCUCAGACUUAACGAGGGCAAAGCUGCGUUGGUAAAAGCCAUUGACAGUGGCAAUACAGAUUUAGUCCAUAUCGUAAUCCAGCAUUUGAAAGUGCACAUGUCUCUUUCAGACUUCUUGUAUUAUAUAAGAGAGUUUCCAAUGGCCCAAGCGCUUCACUUGAAAUAUUGCCGUGAGCAUAACAAAGAAACUUGGAAGAGUAUUUAUGAACAAGAGGACGAUUUCAACUCGCUUGGUGCAUGUUCAAUUCGGGAAGCUUACGAACCAAAGAAUUCUUCUACGAUGGAAAUGAUUUUGAACUCUGCAGCUGAAUAUUACAAGAAGGGAAAAAGUGAGAAUUACCAAAGCUUGUGCGAAGAGCACGCAAGAUUGCUGAGACAACAGAGAGCAAUGCAAGAAAAACUGAAUACAAGCAACUUUGUGGGACUCUCAGUGAAUGCCACGUUGAAGAAACUGCUUCUCAUGAAGGAACACAAACUUGCAGAGAAGCUGAAACAGGAGUACAAAAUUCCUGACAGGCGCUACCACUGGGUGAAGAUUGCAACUCUUGGGGAGCAGGAAGAUUGGGCAGAGUUGGAGAGAUUUUCAAAGGCCAAGAAGUCACCUAUUGGAUACGAGCCUUUUGUUGAUGUCUGUCUUGCACAUGGGAAUAAGAAAGGCGCUGAGUUGUAUGUUAGUCGAGUGUGUGAUGACAUGAAAGUUCGCUAUUACGUCAAACUAAACCUUUUUGCUGAAGCUGCCAAAGUGGCCUUUGAACAGAGGAAUCCUCAAGCCCUAAGCUACGUACAAUCUAAGUGCUAUGAAACACAUCCAGAUAUUUCCGACAAAAUUGCCAACAUGGUUGCUCAACUGUCAUCAAAAAAAUAAAAAAAAUGAG